AUGCUUGUGUCGUUAAAAUUUACGCGAGCAUUAUUUGGGUUGGUGUCUUCUCCGUUUCUGUUAGGAGGAGUGAUAGAGCAGCAUUUGGCUAAUUGCGCGCCGAGAUUACCAGAUCGAGUUAACGAAAUUUCUCGGGAUCUUUACGUAAAUGAUCUUAUAUCGGGUGCCUCCUCUGUAUCCUCAGCAAGUGAUCUGAAGCAAGAUGCUAUCGCCAUCUUUGAAGAUGCUUCGUUUCAGCUCCACAAGUGGAAUUCGAAUGCUCCUGAGCUUGAGUUGAAUCAACCUUCCUCACAGAGUGACACUGACCAAACCUAUGCCAAGCAACAAUUCCCUCCAUCGUCCGAAAGUGGCGGUAAACUCCUUGGUGUGGCUUGGGACAAACGGAACGAUACGUUGAGUGUGAUUUUCCCCCCAAAUCAGGACGUGUCAACAAAAAGAGAAGUUCUUGCAAAGCUGGCGAGUAUUUACGAUCCACUUGGACUCGCGUCGCCCAUCUUGUUCCAAGGAAAGUUGAUGUAUCGCGAUUCAUGUGAGAGAAAACUACCGUGGGAUGGUCCAUUGCCAGAUAACUUAGCGAAGCGUUGGAAAACAUGGGAAUGUAACAUGCCUCCUAUCAUAUCAAGUCCCCUGAGUUUGGCUACAUAUCGUGAACCGAUCGGAGCGAUGGAGCUGCAUUCGUUCGGCGACGCAAGCGGUCAUGGAGUUGCUACUGCAGUUUAUGCCGUAGUUCGUCAGCCAAGUGGUACAACGCAAGGCCUGGUAGCCGCCAAAUCCAGAUUAGCGAAGCAAGGUCUCACUAUUCCUCGACUGGAGUUGGUUGCUGCACACAUGGCAGCAAAUGUCGUAGAUAACUUGCGGCGUGCUCUUGAAGGUUUCCCUGUCGUCUCGGUACACGGUUGGACCGAUAGCACUGUGGCCUUGGAUUGGAUGUGUGCGAAUCGCGUGCGAAAGAUCCUGGAACACAACAUCGUCGCGUGGAGACCUGGAGAAAAUCCCGCAGAUUUAGCAAGUCGUGGUGGCUUGGUGGUUGACAACGAUCUAUGGUGGAACGAACCGUCGUGGUUGUCCAGUCCUGAAAUGUGGCCCACGAAUCCUGUUACGAAACCAAGUCCAGAGUCGGCAGCAGAUGAGCAGAUUCACUGGAAAUUUAAUUUAAGUCGUGCCCCUUGGUGGGGUGGACAGUUUGAAAGAUUGGUGGGGAUCUUUAAGCGUGACUUUUACAAGUGCGUUGGGGGAGGUACGCUUUCGUGGAAUGAGCUUGCGGACGUGGUUGUCGAUGUCGAGAUUCAAUUGAACAGCCGUCCCCUGUCCUACGUAGAAGAAGAUGUUGACCUUCCUCUCCUAACUCCUUCGGCGUUUAUUUACCAACGGACGAGUCAUCUUCCCGAGCAGGAACCUUGGCGAGAAGAAGAUGCGAAUCUUCGUAAGCAAGCAAAGUACGUACGCUCAUAUAAAAACGCACUAUGGAAACGCUGGACUGGGGAGUAUCUGAAGGCACUACGUGAACGGCACAACAGCAAUCGGAAAGAAAAGUUCAUUUCUCCCGCGGUCGGUGACGUAUUUAUCGUGCGUAGCGACGAAAAGAAUCGAGGUAAGUGGCCACUCGGUGUCGUGGAAGAGUUGAUAGAGAGUUUGAGCAAGACAACGAAGUCGGACGACGACGACGUGGUUGACAAUUUUUGUCUGUCUUGCACAUUACCUUGCGCAUUCUGAGUUUAGGGUCAGGAGUGAAGACAGAUUAGAGAUUCAUGUCUAGCUGUUUGUGAAUGCUGGCCCAAAUCCUUACCCUGAUCAGGAUAAAACAGCGAGACAUGAAUCCAUAUCCCGUCUUCGUCUUCUGCCUUCGUUCACAACGAAUAUUUUGGCAAAAUUCAUUGUGAACUUCGUUCUGUACGAAGGCAGAAGGACAAAGACGGGAUAUAGUUUCAUGUCUCGCUGUUUUUUUUCUGGAUCAGCGCAAGAAUUAUGGUCAGUACUCAUAAACAGCGACACAUGGGAAGACACGUUGUACAACCACCAGUGACGUCCAACUCAGUAUGCGCAAGAUAAUGUACAGACGGCAAAAAUUUUCAAGUAUGCCUUCAUCUUCAUACUUCGUUGUCUUGCUCAAACUCUCUAUUCCCUGGACGUGACGGGAUCGUUCGAGCAGUCAAGUUGCGUUACGGAAGAUCUCACCUAGAACGAGCGGUCCAACAUCUCUAUCCUCUCGAGUUAAAGUGCGAGGCGAAGAAACCGUCGAAGGACGUCAAACUAGAUCCUGAAGCGAAGUCAUUUCGUCCGAAGCGAGAUGCAGCAGUCGCGGCAGAAUUAAGAGUGGAAGAACUUGCCCAAGAGGACAAUUGA